AUGAGAGCAGUUCCUGCAGUUGCUCUACAGGAUGAUAAAAUAGAGAGUCAUCAGCUGCAAGAUCUUUCAUUAACAGAUUCUUCUAAGUCAAGAAUAAGGAAUACCAAGAACUUUYACAAACCAUUAAUACAAGAUAUAAUCAGCAUAAAAGUAGAGACUGGACUAAGAAAAAAGCAUAAAAACAAGGAAGAUCAARAAAAGGAGUAUCAUCUUCAGCCAAAUCAUCCACAGCUGACACUAGAAAAGAUAGCAGGGGGGAAAACAGAAGACAGGGUCAGGAAUCAGGAAUCAGGAGUAGUUGAACAUCCUUCCUUGCCUGCUGAAGAAUGGGUCAAAAGAAAGCAGAGAUCUACAGAGCACGGAGAAUCCAUGCAGCCUCAUGCAAUAUUCAGGGCAGAAUUUGCAAUUCAACCCAGGGUACAAAUACAACUAAAUAAYUGUGUGGACUGCAAAAUUGUAUUURCUUAUUUYAUUUUUCUGAACUUGAAAAAUUUGCAGGUAAAAAGUACUGUAUACAGAAAAGAGCAGUCUCAGACCAGGGUAAUACAUGAUAAGGCAUGUUUAGUUAAAAUGAAUGGAUUAGRUAAAAUUCAAGCUUCCUGGAGAGGAUAUAUUGAUAGAAAAGAGUAUAAAGAGCGGAGAGAAGCAGUGCCUCCUAAGGACAGCAAAUUAAGAAAGCAAUUAUUUGAUAAAAAGGUACAUUGCAUUUCGUUGCUUGGUCUGUUCUCUUGGUGUGAUUGAGCUUCCUUAAACC